CUCUACAGUCUACACUGUACACUCUGAAUUCUGAAAAUGCAGUAUCAGUGUGCUGUGUUUAUAAAUUCUUGUGUCUCCAACGUUUGUUUUUGUAAUUAUUGAUGGUUUUGUGGUGUUAACAAGAUAAUUUCUGAAUUCUGUUUAUUAAUAUCAAUUUGGUCCUUAUCAAUGUAUAAUUUAAAGUUGUUUUGAUCACAUUGAGAAUGUGUGAUAGACAAAAUAAUAUAUUUUUUGUUCUCAUAUUGCCUCUGUUGUGAAUCCAUAGGUCAGCCGGUAGAGUAUAUAAGUUCGCGGGUUUGGUGCUGUGAGAAUUAAAUUUCUAUCUAGUGAAAAUUAACAAGUGAAUAAUGCCUCCAAAAAAACGAGAAAAAGAGACUGAUAAUACAAAGACUACUAGAAAUGAUCAAACUCCAGGAGACCACGAAAUGUUCCUCCAAGCUUUUGAGAAACCUACACAGAUAUAUCGAUUUCUUAGGAAAAGAGGACACAUAUCUCCUGUAUAUUUAAACCGAACGCUCAGCUAUAUGAGGCAUCGAAUGUCUCGCAAUCACAGAAGUAGAAAAGACUUCAAAGUAGACAAGAUUUUAGACAAAGUUUUAUCAACAAAAACAAAUUCCUCUCAUGGUCACUAUGGACCGUCCGGAUUCAUGACUCUAACGUUUUUAGGAUUCUAUGAUAAAAAAAAAGAAAUUGACAUUGGACCAGUAAAAGUUGAAACACUUCUUUUAAAAAUAUGCCACAAAAAAAGGAAAGAUGUCUCGUGUCCUGUCAUGGCUGUAUCAAUAGGAACAAGUUAUGUACCGUACAAUCCGUCAGACGAGACACCGCCACUGAAAGUGCCAGCGGUGUCGAUACCGACAGAGUCGUUCAGUUUGUCGUACGGCCACCUGGUCAAGUCCUAUCAUCUGCUGCUCAGAGUCGGUGCUCUCUCACUCAACAUCCUCUCGACUCCCAACUGUGAUCUCGACUCUGAACCAGCGCUAAAGAAGAAGAAGCUGAACAACGGGAACAAGGUGUGUGUGGGUGGCGGGCCGGGUGAUGAGGUGGUGGGAGGGGGUCAUCACUAUGGCUCGGAUCUGGUGAUCUACGACAAGCACAGCCGCUGCCUGCUGCCUGACGGCGAGUACACCAUCCUAUUGGAGGAGUUGACCACGCAGGCCAGCUCACCACACAAGGUAUCGCAUUCUCUUACCUCAUGGGAGUAUCUCAGCACAGUUAAAGAAGAUCAAGGUGAUCACCUGGCUUCGUUUGAAAAGUUUGCGACAGGACCGAAGCUCAAGUUCCGGCUGCAGUGGGCGCGGGAGCCGGCCGGAAACAUCGUCGACCGACCGGCACUGCCGGCGCACCAACGCAGCACCCAGAACGCAGCCAAUGCCAACGAUGACGCAUGCAACAAGGAGAACAACAGACCUGGUAAACAGAAGAAGACGGAGGAGAUGGCAGUGGCCAACAGUGGCAGUGGCAGUGGCAGUGGCAGCAAGCUGCAGAUUGUGUAUCAGUUCCUAUACAACAACAACAGCCGGCAGCAGACGGAGGCCUGCGAGGACCUGCACUGUCCCUGGUGUCUGCUCGACUGCCACUCGCUCUACCCGCUUCUCAAACACCUCAAACUCUGUCAUUCCAGGUUCACCUUCACAUAUGUUCCGAUGCCGCAAGGCGCGCGCAUCGACGUGGCGAUCAACGAGCACUAUGACGGCUCGUACUGCGGCGCGCCGCAAGACCUGGUCUCGCAGCCGCCGGGCAUGGCGUUCUCGCGUGGCGGCCCCGUGCGACGCACCUGCGUCUCCAACAUGCUCGUCUGCCACCCCAAGCGGCCGAGGCCUUCGCUGUCCGAGUUCCUCGAGCUCGACGAGAACGAGUUCGACGGACAAAGGCCUUACAUUACCGGGCACAAUCGGUUGUACCAUCACACGACAACGUGUCUGCCGAUCUACCCGAAGGAGAUGGACGUGGACAGUGAGGACGAGAACGAUCCCAAGUGGCUGCAGAAGAAGACGCAGAUGAUGAUCGAUGACUUCACCGACGUCAAUGAGGGCGAAAAAGAACUCAUGAAGAUGUGGAAUCUGCAUGUCAUGAAACACGGGAGUUUAUUCGUGGGCGACUGCCAGAUCCCUUUGGCCAGCUCGAUGUUCCUGCAGGAGCGCGGCGACCAGCUGCUGACCAAGAACCUGUACCGCAACUUCGUGCUGCACAUGUGCAACCUGUUCGACUUUGGCCUGGUUAGCCCCGUCACCGUCUACACCGCCGUGCAGAAGGUCCAGCAAAUGCUCAGCUCAGACGAGGGUGCUGCAGCUAGCAAGGUGCUGCAAGACUCAUGGCAGGCGCAGCGUCACCAUUGGCUGCUAGAGGGCUCGAAUCGGCCGCCUGCGUCCGCCGCAGCUGCAACCGCAACCGCAGCCGACAACAGGCGCCGCCUGAAGGUGGCCGGCGGCAACGCACGCAACAUGUCGCCCAAGCCCGAGCGGCAAGCCUCAGCCAAAGCCGACAAUGUCUCCAAGAAGCGCACUUGCGAACAGGUGCGAGUGCCCAUAGUGCAGAUGGGCAAGAAAGUGGGCUGCCCGACCGCUGCGGUCGCAAUCAGUGGCGGCGGCGACAAGCGCAAAUCGGUGUCUUCCGCGGCGACCCCGACCAAAAAUGUCAUCAGCAAAAGCUGUUAUCUGACCUUUGAAUUUACCCCUGAACAAGUCAUUGAUGUGCGAGUGCCCAUAGUGCAGAUGGGCAAGAAAGUGGGCUGCCCGACCGCUGCGGUCGCAAUCAGUGGCGGCGGCGACAAGCGCAAAUCGGUGUCUUCCGCGGCGACCCCGACCAAAAAGAAAUCGCUGUUAAAUGGCGAUGUAGUGUCGCCACGCGCCACACAAAACGGCCCCGCAAGCAACGGCGGAAGCACAGGACGCGUCCAGACGCCGCUCAUCGGUAAAGACGCUCCCGCCGCGUCGACGUCGGGCGUCCAACUGCGCCGUAAGUCGUCGGCAUCCGAAUCGGCGGGCGUCGCGAAUGCGAUUCAGCAGCGUCGCAAAUCGUACGCCGGCCGCACAAUUGUCGAAUCACUUCUCGCGAAAUACACCAAGGAAAUAAAGGACACUAUAAACAACGUUGAGCUAGAGCUAGGUAAAUCUAUUGAACUCUGUCAUCAGGAAAUCAGUAAUUUGUCAGAUCAGUUAAAGAAACAAUCUAAUAUUGUGAAGGAACAGGGGGAAGAAUUGGAGCGGUUGAAGUCGGAGAACGUGAAUCUAAAAAAAUCGUUGUGUAUCCUGGAGAGUCAUGUGGAUGACGUCGACCAGUAUGGACAUCGAAAUACACUGGAGAUUUUCGGAAUACCGGAAUUUGAGGGUGAAAAUGUAAAAAAUAUCAUCUGUUCACUCGGAAGUGCAUUAUCUGUUCCAAUUUGUGAAGAACGCAUGGACGUGUGUCAUCGAACGAAAGGAAACUCGGAUGGUAAAUCAAAUAUCGUGGUAAAGUUCACACAUCGAGACGAUUUACAUAGAAUUCUGGAUGCCAAGAAGACGAAAAAGGACCUAUCUGUAAGGCACCUGGGUAUGGCUUCUGACAAUAAAAUCUUCAUCAACUUAUCCCUCACUCGAAAAAGAAGAAUUCUACUGUCCAAGAGCAAGGCCUACAAGCGCAGUCAUCCUGAUAUCAAGUAUGUGUGGGCGGAUCGAGCUGGCCGCAUCAAGAUAAUGAAGGUGAGCGGUGAGACCAGAGUGAUACAGUGUGAGUCUGACUUGGACGAUAAUAAUUAA